AUGCCGUACCCAGAUAAUGCGUCUAUGUCUGAUUCAGACAAUCGUUUGAUUAACGAGGAGCGUAUCUACGACCAAACCAAUCUUGAAGUUGAAUUUAAUAAUCAACUUAAUUUGCUAACUGAGGAGCAACGGUCAGUUUUCCAACAAAUAAUCAACGCAAUUGAGGGUAACAAAGGUGGGGUUUUUUUUGUGUACGGCUAUGGUGGGACCGGGAACACCUUCUUAUGGAAGACAUUAUCUGCGGCAAUCAGAUCAAAAGGUCAAAUUGUAUUAAACGUUGCUUCCAGUGGGAUUGCGUCGUUGUUAUUGUCUGGUGGCAGGACCGCGCAUUCCAGGUUUCGUAUUCCAUUGAAUCUUUCAGAGGAUUCAGUUUGUCAUAUAAAACCUGAUGGAGAUGUUGCUAGACUACUACACGAAACAAACUUGAUUAUAUGGGAUGAAGCGCCUAUGGUCCAUAAGCAUGCAUUCGAAGCGUUGGAUAGAACAAUGAACGACAUUUUCAAUAUCGACACUUCCAACAGAUCAAAUAUCCGCUUUGGAGGAAAGGUUAUUGUUUUAGGAGGCGAUUUUAGACAGAUCCUUCCUGUUGUUCCAAAUGGUGGAAGACAAGAGAUUGUCAAUGCCUCAAUAAGUUCGUCUUAUCUGUGGAAUACAUGUAAGUUGUUGAGACUAACAAAAAACAUGAGGUUAACAGUUGGAAUUUCAGCAUCGGACGCUGAAGAAAUAAAACAAUUUGCAAAAUGGCUUUUGGAUAUAGGUGAGGGAAAUGUUGGUGGUCCAAAUGAUGGAGAAGCGUCAAUUGAAAUACCAAGCGACCUUCUAAUCACUGAUACAUCGGACCCCAUUUCAACUUUAAUUGAUUUUGUGUAUCCUUCAAUUCUUGAAAACUUCAACAAUCAGAAUUAUUUCAGUGAGAGGGCUAUACUUGCACCUAAGAACGAGGUUGUGCAUGAAAUUAAUGAUCGGUUGUUGUCACUAUUCCCAGGCGAAGAACGAGAAUAUCUUAGUUCAGAUAGUCUUUGUCAGUCUGAAAAUCCAAACGCUACACAACAAAAACUAUACUCUCCUGAUGUGCUUAACGGUCUUAAAGUAUCCGGCUUACCUAAUCAUAGGCUAGCACUAAAAGUAGGCGUGCCGGUGAUGCUAUUACGUAACAUUGACCAACAAAAUGGUCUUUGCAAUGGUACACGACUACAAGUCAAAAAAAUGUAUAACCGUGUAAUAGAAGCCGAGAUAAUAUCCGGAGGGAACAUAGGCACUCGCACUUAUAUACCAAGGAUUAGUUUGAUACCUUCUGAUAAAAAAAUUCCCUUUGAGUUUCAAAGGAGACAAUUUCCGUUGGCUGUUUGUUUCGCAAUGACUAUUAACAAGAGUCAGGGACAAUCACUGUCUAGAGUUGGUCUGUAUCUGAAACAACCAGUUUUCACCCAUGGUCAGCUGUAUGUUGCUUUAUCGAGAGUUUAA